UUCUCAAACACAAAUUACACAACCAAAAACAAAAGCAACAAAAUCAAGAUUGUUCAACAAAACACGGUUUUGUCUCGUUUUUAGUUUGAUAUUACGGUGCGGGGAGGAGGUGUCUGUUUGUGCAUGACUUUAACGGCGAAGCACGGCGGCGGAACCAGAGCCAUGGACGGUAUCGCAAUGGCGGAGUCGACGUCGACGCCUCCUCUAACGGAAAUCGUCGAGGCCUUCGAGGAGUUGGGCAAGAUCCUCCAAUCCCAUUCCCAUAAUUCCCAACGAAAACAACACCAAACGUUGCGUUUGGAUACAUUCUCCCAGGCUUCCACCCUCGUCUCCAUCCUCUUCAGUUGCCUUGGCCUCGCCUUCAAGUUCGCCGAGAUGGAGUACGUCUCCAAGGUUAAAGAUCUUGUGGAGGCGUCACGGACUUACGACACAUUAGAAAGCCUUAUAGAUUAUGAUGUUGCUAAGGGCACGGUGAAAUCCCCCGGAAGCCAUUCCCGUAAUCUGCGCCGUGUCCGGCAGGGUCUCGACCUCAUCAGAGCUCUAUUCGAACAAUUCUUGUCAACCGAUGACUACUCUUUGAGGGAAGCAGCUUCAACAGCUUAUGCCAAAGUGUGUGCGCCAUACCACAGUUGGGCAAUCAGGACAGCGGUUGCUGCCGGAAUGUAUGCUCUUCCGUCGAGGGAUCAACUGCUGGUGAAUCUCGAAGAGACCCUCAGCAGAGAAGAAGAUGAAAAGGUACAUCCAAGCGUCGCGUCCGGUGAUCGAGUACAUCGACAGGCUAUACCUUUCUAAGAACAUCACCUUGGACUGGUGACUUCAGUCUUCAUCUAUCUCAGUAGGCGUCUACGUUAACGUAUGGUUCGUUACGAUUACUUCUUCGCUAAUACGGGUCUGUACAUAAACGUUAUUUACCUUGCUACAAGAGAACUAUAUGUUUAUAGGAGGCUAUUAAUUAGACUGCAAUAUCAGAAGUUUAUAACUGCUA